AUGUCCAAAUACUCAUCGAGUUUCUCAGCCUCUUUCCUAUUCCUCCUGUCGCCUGCUCGUUCAGACAUGUCCAAAUACUCAUCGAGUUUCUCAGCCUCUAUCCUAUUCACCCUGUCGCCUGUUCGUUCAGACAUGUUCAAAUGCUUAUCGAGUUUCUCAGCCUCUUUCCUAUUCACCCUGUCGCCUGUUCGUUCAGACAUGUCCAAAUACUCAUCGAGUUUCUCAGCCUCUUUCCUCUUCACCCUGUCGCCUGUUCGUUCAGACAUGUCCAAAUACUUAUCGAGUUUCUCAGCCUCUUUCCUCUUCACCCUGUCGCCUGUUCGUUCAGACAUGUCCAAAUGCUUAUCGAGUUUCUCAGCCUCUCUCCUAUUCACCCUGUCGCCUGCUCGUUCAGACAUAUCCAAAUGCUUAUCGAGUUUCUCAGCCUCUCUCCUAUUCACCCUGUCGCCUGUUCGUUCAGACAUGUCCAAAUGCUUAUCGAGUUUCUCAGCCUCUUUCCUAUUCACCCUGUCGCCUGUUCGUUCAGACAUGUCCAAAUACUCAUCGAGUUUCUCAGCCUCUUUCCUAUUUACCCUGUCGCCUGUUCGUUCAGACAUAUCCAAAUGCUUAUCGAGUUUCUCAGCCUCUUUCCUAUUUACCCUGUCGCCUGUUCGUUCAGACAUAUCUAAAUGCUUAUCGAAUUGCUCAGCCUCCUUCCUAUUCACCCUCUCGCCUGCUCGUUCAGACAGGUCCAAAUACUCAUCGAGUUUCUCAGCCUCUUUCCUCUUCACACUCUCGCCUGCUCGUUCAGACAUGUCCAAAUACUCAUCGAGUUUCUCAGCCUCUUUCCUAUUCACCCUGUCGCCUGUUCGUUCAGACAUGUCCAAAUACUCAUCGAGUUUCUCAACCUCUUUUCUAUUCACCCUGUCGCCUGCUUGUUCGGACAUGUCCAAAUGCUUAUCGAGUUUCUCAGCCUCUUUGCCAACAUCGUGCAACCUGAUACAAGAUGAUCAAUCGUUUCUGGAUAUUUAUCACAGAAUCUGCAUUUUGGGCUGA